UGUGCCGGAAUCUUCCCGGUCGCGUGAGGGCGCUGUCCGAGCAAGUCUCGCGCUCCACAUCCUGUCCGGUGCUCCGCUGCUACGUCACCACAUUUCACGGAUUGAUGGCAGAGCGGGGAGGACCGUGAAGCGCCAAGAAACGUCGCCGGUACCAGACGCAAAAUGAGGGAAGCUGCUCUCCUGCUCGCUCCGUGGGUGUUCGCGUGUCUCCUGCUGAGCUGCUGCCAGGCGGCCAGGCAGGGUCAGGACGUCCGGUGUGGAGCCUGCAGGGCUCUGGUGGAUGAGAUGGAGUGGGCCAUCUCCCAGGUGGACCCCAAGAAGAUGAUCCAGACCGGAUCCUUCAGGAUCAACCCGGACGGCAGUCAGUCCAUCAGGGAGGUUCCUCUGGCUCGCUCUGAGGGAAACCUGCUGGACUUGAUGGAGAGCGUUUGUGAGAGGAUGGAGGACUACGGUGAGCGAAUAGAUUCUUCCACCAACAGGAAGUCUUACAUCAGGAUCAAGUCUCGGAGCGGUGAGGCCAUGGACCUGUCAGAGGCCUCGCUGGAUUCAAGAGUUACAGGCAGUUUAAAGUUUGCAUGUGAAACAAUCGUUGAACAGCAUGAGGAUGAAAUCAUUGAAUUCUUCGCUCAUGAAACGGAUAAUGUUAAAGACAAGCUCUGCAGUAAGAGGACAGAUCUCUGUGAUCACGCUCUGAAAAUGCCCCAUGAUGAACUUUGAUACCGUCUCUCCAGAGCUGCCGUCUCUGCUGAGAUGGUUUGUGCUGUACUGUUUUCAUUUGUCACUUGUUUAUACCAGGGCCGUGCUACAAGAUGUAUACAAAUCUUUGUGUAAAAAAAAAAAAAAGGAACUCUACCUGAAAAUGAUCUUGGAGAACAUAUGGACCACUUUGCCAUUUUUUUGUCCGUUUCUAGUCGUAAUAUUUGGUCACCUGUUCAUGUACUGUAAGUUAUUACACUCGUCCACACUCUGUCUCUCUCAUCAAGGUGCUUGUCUUCCAUUCAAAUGCUCUUCAGACUGAAACUGUGAACCUGGAAAAUGAAGUUAGACUCUCCGGUAGAUGCCGGAUUUCUUACAGGAUUCAUUGAGAUCAGAAUUGAAUUUGGUCAAGUGGUCUCUCAGCUCAUAUUCUUGCACAAUUCAAAACUCUGUCCUACACCAAAGUGCUAAGAGCAAGAAGUCUUCUUUUAUUCACAAUGAAUUGACAGUCAUACUGCCUGCUCACUGAUAAAAGUGACAUCUGAUGCCAAAUGACACUUUCAACUCUGGUUCUACAAGAGAGUUUUAAUGCUCACCAAUAUUUAUUAAACAGUCCAAGAUCACAGCAUUAACUGAUGCCAGUUCUGAGGAUAUUCUUCAAAGUAAAACUGAAAUCCUAAAGGCCACAAUUUAAAAGUGCAUUGUGUAUAAUCAGAAAUAAAUAACAUUGUAGGUUUGCCUGUCGUACAGAUGACAUGUGCCUUCAUCACUUAAUGUUUCCCAGGUAGUUUCACACUCUUCAAAUGCUGAUCCUCGUCCAAAAUCAGCAGAUUUUAUAUGUAGAGUUGUUGGUUGGUUUUCUUAAUCAGGAUCCGUUUCCUCAUCUGUUUUACAACUUAACACACUUUUUCCACCACAGAAGUUAACAAAAGAUUAGAAGCCAAAUCAACAAAAAUGUCUGCUGCUGAAGCCUUUCAUUUUUCAUUAAAUCCUUAAAUAUCCAAAAAGUAAUUUACUUCUUCAUGAGGAAUUUUGAAUUCACACUUUGUAGCUUCUAGUAGCCCACAGUGAAUUUAAAACACAUCACUGAUAAUGAUGCAUAAACUGCUUGAUUCUGCUCAUGUUUUGAAAUAAAUUGCAGUUUGGUCACAAAGUUUUGAACUGGAAAGAGGCUGAAAUGUGGCAAACAGUAAGGAUUCACGGGACGUGUAGUCAUGCCUGGAAAAAAUAUCCUCUUUUCCUCAUGCUGCUUUAUUAAUGUAGAGUAGAAAAAGUAUCCUUGUAUGUAAAAUAAUUUGGUCAAUUGUAAAUUCAUGAGCAGUAGAAAACAGAAGUAUACCUGAGCCAAAAUUGCAUACAGUUUCACCCAGAUAAGAUGUAUUUGAUUUAUUGCCUUUUGAGUAAACACUGUCAAAACCAGCUGCAGUGACCUCACAUUAUGAAAAUUACAGAGUUGCUGUGAAUAUGAGCAUCAAGAUUAUUGUGAAGUUUAUUUUUCCCAGUAGUGCAAUACAACUGAACUCUGUUGUAACUCCACUAGAGUGUGCCGUAGUCAAUGGCAUAUAUUGCACCUGGUUAGUCCUAGUGCUGUACUGUCCAUGUAGAACAGUCAGGAGGUAUUUUUGGUGUCAUUUAUGUGAGAAAAACAAACAAACGAAUUUACUGUCGUGAGCAUUGUCCUGAAAUGUCUUUUUUUUU